AUGUACACGGCGCUCUUCGGGGAGCGCCAAGGGCGAGGAGGCGGCGGGCCGCGCUCUGGGGACGAGGCAACAAAGCAGGUGAAUGAGAGCGGCCUGCAAUUGUUGGCGGCCUGCUCCCUGAGGAAACGCGAGCCUCCGCCGGCGCGGCCGCACGCGCGCGCACCCGCCCGGAACGCCGCAAAGCUGGUGGCGCGGCCCCGGCAGCGUCGGAAGUGCCCCCGAGGGGCGGCCCUGGCGGCCGGCGCUCUUCGGGGGACGCCAAGGGAGAGGCGGUGGGCCACGCGCUGGGGACGAGGGGGGCUCCUUUUCCCAACGCACCUCUCGUCAGGAGCGGGCGGCUGCGACUACGCCUUGGACGGCCGUCGGGGCCCGAGAACCGUGGGCCCUGGGGGCGCGCGCUGCUCCCCCGGGCGGCUGCUGACGCUCGGCUGGCUGCUCCUGGCGGACCUCCAGGCCACCUGCGGAGCCAACGACACCGCCGUCCAGGAUCCUGGCUUGGCCCGCGAGGGCGCGUGCGCGGACCAAGGCCAAGGCGAGGGCGGGACCCGGAACUUCAGGGAGGCGGACCCCGAGGGCCGGGCUGAGGCAGGGGAGGGCGGGGAGGGCGGGAGGCACCCUGGGGGGCUGCGGAGGCACCAACCGCAGGGGACGCGCGGCAGAUCGCCGGGGCUGUCACCGCGGACGCGCCGCGCGCUCCUACCGGCACGCGGGCAGCUGGGGGCCGCCAGCCGCCGCCCCCGCCACUUGCUCGCCGAGGUUCUCGGCGCCCGCUCCGCGGGGGCACACGCCGGGGGAAGGGCGAUGUGGGCCAGGGCCCGCCGCAGUCCCCGGGGCAGCCGGGCGCAGCUGCCCGCGCCCCUCUGGUGCUUCUCGGCGGCGCUGGGGAUGCUGUGGCCCCCUGCCUCGCAGGCGUUCAACUUGGACGUGGACAAGCUCACGGUGUACAGCGGGCCGGAGGGCAGCUACUUCGGCUACGCGGUGGACUUCCACAUACCUGCUGCUUGCACAGCGAGUGUCUUGGUGGGGGUGCCCAAAGCCAACACCAGCCAGCCAGACAUCGUGGAAGGGGGAGCCGUCUAUUACUGUCCGUGGCCCUCUGAGGGGUCUGCACAGUGCAAGCAGAUACCGUUUGACAGUACCAACAACAGAAAAAUCAGAGUUAAUGGAACCAAGGAACCUGUAGAGUUUAAAUCAAAUCAGUGGUUUGGAGCAACAGUGAGAGCGCACAAGGGGAAAGUCAUGGCCUGUGCUCCUUUAUAUCACUGGAGAACUCUUAAACCAACACCAGAAAAGGACCCCGUUGGCACUUGCUAUGUAGCAAUUCAGAAUUUCAGUGCAUAUGCUGAGUACUCUCCUUGUCGAAACAGUAAUGCUGAUCCUGAAGGCCAGGGUUACUGCCAAGCAGGAUUUAGCCUGGAUUUUUCUAAGAAUGGAGACCUUAUUGUAGGAGGACCUGGAAGUUUUUACUGGCAAGGUCAGGUGAUCACUGCCAGUAUUGCAGAUAUCAUUGCAAAUUACUCCUUCAAGGAUAUUCUAAGGAAAUUGGCUCGAGAAAAACAGACAGAAGUGGCUCCAGCUUCUUACGAUGGUAGUUACCUUGGAUAUUCAGUUGCUGCUGGGGAAUUUACUGGAGACACACAGCAAGAAUUGGUUGCUGGCGUUCCAAGAGGAGCACAGAAUUUUGGAUAUGUUUCAAUCAUUAACUCAACAGAUAUGACCUUUAUUCAGAAUUUCACUGGUGAACAGAUGGCAUCUUAUUUUGGAUAUACAGUUGCAGUAUCAGAUGUUAACAAUGAUGGACUGGAUGACGUAUUGAUCGGGGCACCUCUCUUUAUGGACCGUGAGUUUGAGAGCAACCCUAGAGAAGUAGGGCAAGUGUACUUGUAUUUGCAAGUGAGCGCUCUCGUCUUCGCAGACCCGCAGGUCCUCACAGGCGCUGAGGCUUUUGGGAGAUUUGGUAGCGCGGUGGCACACUUAGGAGACCUGAACCAAGACGGAUACAAUGACGUUGCCAUUGGUGCACCCUUUGCAGGCAAGGAUCAAAGAGGCAAAGUGCUCAUUUACAAUGGGAACAAGGGCGGCUUAAAUUUUGAGGCUUCCCAAAUUCUACAAGGGGUGUGGGCCUCACAGGCUAUCCCUUCUGGAUUUGGCUUUACUUUAAGAGGAGAUUCAGAUAUAGACAAGAAUGAUUACCCAGAUUUAAUUGUGGGUGCAUUCGGCACAGGAAAAGUAGCUGUUUACAGAGCAAGGCCAGUUGUGACCGUGGAUGCCCGGCUUCUGCUGAACCCAAUGAUUAUCAAUCUGGAAAAUAAAACCUGCCAGAUUUCAGCGUCUUUGACACCUGUGGCCUGCUUUUCUUUAAGAGUAUGUGCAUCUGUAGCUGGCCAGAGCAUUUCAAACACAAUAGGCCUUACUGCCGAGGUGCAGUUAGAUUCCCUCAAACAAAAAGGAGCCAUUAAACGCACUCUCUUCCUUGAUAACCAUCAGUCACAUCACGUCUUCCCUCUGUCUAUAAAGUGGCAGGAAUCCCUCCAGUGCCAGGAUUUUAUCGUUUACCUUCGAGAUGAAACUGAAUUCCGAGAUAAAUUAUCCCCAAUCAACAUUAGUUUGAAUUACAGUUUGGAUGAAUCCACCUCUAAAGAAGGCCUGGAUGUGAAACCAAUAUUGAACCACUGCAAGGAAAAUGUUGUUACUGAACAGGCUCACAUCCUGGUGGACUGUGGAGAAGACAAUAUGUGCAUUCCUGACUUGAAGCUGUCAGCUAGACCAGAUAAGCAUCAGGUCAUUAUUGGAGAUGAAAAUCAUCUUAUGCUCAUAAUCAAUGCAAGAAAUGAAGGUGAAGGAGCCUAUGAAGCUGAACUCUUUGUGAUAAUACCAGAAGAGGCGGAUUAUGUUGGGAUUGAACACAGCAGCAAGGGACUGCAACCACUGAGCUGUGAGUACAAGAUGGAAAAUGUAACCAGAAUGGUGGUGUGUGACCUUGGGAACCCUAUGGUGGCUGGAACAAAUUAUUCUCUGGGCCUCCGGUUUGCAGUUCCACGUCUUGAGAAAACAAACAUGAGCAUUAACUUCGAUCUCCAAAUCAGAAGUUCCAACAAGGACAACCCAGACAGCAAUUUUAUUGUUCUGCCCAUUCAUAACUGGGAACCAGAAGAGGUGCCCCGGAAAGAGGAGGGAGUUGGACCACUGGUGGAACAUAUUUACGAGCUGCACCAUAUUGGACCAAUAGUAAUAAUCAUCAGGUGUGUGUUUUUUUCUCUAGAGUUGCAGAUGAGAGGAUCAAGCCGACCAGAAAGUGAUGCAGUCCUAGUGUUUGUGCUGACCAUUGGAGUUAUUAUCUGUAUAUUCAUGAUCUUUAUACUGAUCUUCAUAAUUAUAAAUUGGUAG